UCCGCCCCUGACAGUCCCCCGGUAUUCUUAGGGUGAACUGAUAUGUUUGUAAAAAAGCUCACUACCGCUGGGUGUCAGAAACCAAGGCUAACAUGGCUGCUGGAACACGUAUCUGCUACAGUUUGAGAAAUGCCAGAAUAUUCUUCGCUCGGUGCCACAACAGAAGCGACCAGCGGCUGUUUUCCAGCGCUACGCACCAGGAGAAUGAGCUUGAACUCCGAGAUACCUCAGUGACUGCUGCAAACUUCCAGACCAGACCCAGAUUGGAGAGAUUAACAGAUGAGAAGGUCCUACCGUUUUCAGCUUUCUUGACUGACAGCUUUGGCCGCAGACAUAACUACCUACGCAUCUCUCUGACUGAGAAAUGCAACCUCCGCUGUCAGUAUUGCAUGCCAGAGGAGGGAGUGAAGCUCACGCCGCGGGGCCAGCUGCUCUCCACCUCAGAGGUGCUAACCCUCGCUCAGCUCUUUGUCCGAGAGGGAGUGGAUAAAAUCCGACUCACUGGCGGGGAGCCUCUCAUCAGACCCGAUGUUCUGGAUAUCAUUGCUGAACUGAAAAAGCUAGUGGGUCUGAAAACUGUUGCAGUUACAACCAAUGGCAUUAACUUAUCCCGACUUUUGCCAAAGCUGAAAGAUGCUGGACUGGACCUGAUAAACAUCAGCCUCGACUCUUUGGUUCCAGCAAAAUUUGAGUUCGUAGUCAGGCGAAAAGGUUUUCAUAAAGUCAUGGAGAGCAUUGACAAAGCGGUUGAAUUAGGCUACAAUCCAGUCAAGAUCAACUGUGUGGUGAUGAGAGGCCUGAAUGAGGAUGAGCUCUUAGAUUUUGUGCAACUCACAGAGAAGAAGCCUCUGGAGGUUCGCUUCAUUGAGUACAUGCCAUUCGAUGGAAACAAGUGGAACUUUAAGAAGAUGGUGAGUUACCAGGAGAUGCUGGACCAGAUCAGACAGCAGUGGCCCAAUCUGGAAAGGCUUCAGUCUGGACCUGCUGACACUGCCAAGACUUUUAAAGUUCCUGGUUUCAAAGGUCAACUGGGCUUCAUUACUUCCAUGUCAGACAAUUUCUGUGGCUCCUGUAACCGUUUGCGCAUCACUGCAGAUGGAAACCUCAAGGUGUGUUUGUUCGGUAACUCUGAAGUUUCCCUCAGAGAUAUUCUCCGUUCUGGAGCGUCUGAUGAGGAGCUGCUGCGAAUUAUCGGGGCUGCUGUGGGCAGGAAGAAAAAGCAACAUGCAGGCAUGUUCACUAUCUCUCAGAUGAAGAACAGACCUAUGGUCCUCAUUGAUUUCUCUGAGAUGUUUCUCACAAGGCCAGAAAACCGACAAAGGGCUUCAUUCAUCUUUAUUGAGCUAAAACUUGGCCCGUUCUUUUAUUUGACUGCGUCUUCUGAUGAGUCUUGUAAGGAGUUUCUGUGCCUUCCUGGAUGCACUGCUUCAACACAGACAGCCUUUAGUUGCUGCUUUAAGACCUCAGUGAGUGGCGGUUCACUCAUUAAGACCCAUAUUAGCAAAGAGAAGUGCCACGAUGUGACGCCGCUUCACUCCUCAGACUAUGAUUACGAUCUCAUUUUCACCAGCCGUCACACUAAGAAACGCACAAAUGUGAGCUUCAUUAAUGAAGACCCCCUCAGGUACGCACAAUCCAGUGUUCCUAACAACCCAAGGAGUCAGUCCCUUUCUGCUUUUUGCACACUGAACGCCAAAAUGAAUCAGAAAAAUCUAAGCUUCAGGUUGUUUCAUAGUCAAAGUUCUGGUGAAGACCACACGCAUAAGACCCCAUCAGCCUUAGACAGUCCCAGUAGCGCUAAACCCCAGCUGACGCACACAGACGCCCAGGGCCGAGCAACAAUGGUGGACGUUGGGGGGAAGCUUGCCACGCAUCGAACAGCCACAGCCGGUGCCACCGUCAUCCUGGGCGCCGUCGCUUUCCGCCUCCUCCGGGAUAACCAGCUGGCCAAAGGUGAUGCUUUAACUGUGGCUCAGCUGGCCGGCAUCAUGGCAUCAAAACAGACCUCUACCCUCAUCCCUCUUUGCCACCCGCUCCCACUGGAUCACGCCUCCAUUUCAUUUCAACUGGAUGAGCUGCACUGCUCUGUUAUUAUCACUGCAACCUGUCACACCACGGGCAGGACGGGGGUGGAGAUGGAGGCGCUGACGGCUGCCUCUGUGGCAGCGCUUACGGUCUACGAUAUGUGUAAGGCUGUGAGCCACGACAUUGUCAUCAUGGAUGUGAAACUGCUCAGCAAGACGGGCGGGAAGAGAGACUUUCACCAUUAAUGGACACAGGAAAACUGAACUGCAAGAUGAAGAAAGUCCUUCUCUGCAAACCCAAAUGUGUACCAAUAACUCAGGCUCCUAUACAAUCACAAAAUUCCAUAUUUAUCCAAAAACAAUUAGUGUUUUUUCUGGACAUUUGAGAACAAUUUUUUAACUCUGAACCUGCCUGAGAAGUAGUCAGGUCUUAAAAUCUGUAGGAUCUAACAGAGAAAAUAGCUUUCUGGCAUUUGUACUUAGAUCAAUUCCAUUUCAAAAUCAGUAGCUCUUUUCGUAACCCUCCUGUGGUCUUGGCAGGAUGCUCAGGAGGAGUGCAGCAGAUGUCACAGUUUGACAGCAGGGAAGUGUGAGUGGAACGGGGGGCUUGGAGGAGUAUUCAGUUAAUACGCCAGUUCCCGAAACCAUGUGUUGUGAAUCUUGGCAUUUUUGUUAAAUUUCUAAAAGAAAAAAAAAGUUCUGCAUUUUAGAUCAAGCUUAAAAACCACAAGUACAAUUUAACCUGAACUUAGAACCUUUUUGCUAUUUGGAUCAAGAACGUUUUUUUAAUUCUAUUCAUGAGUGGAAAAACCAAGAGGUGUUGUGACAAGUGGAGGCAGCAGCUUUUACUAUCUGAUACAGAUUAACAUAAAAUCACAUCACUUUAUAAUCAUUAUUAGGCUUAUGUCCUUGGAAUAUAUCAAAAGGACAUUCCACUGUUUUCCAGACUUUUUCAAACAGUCUCUCUUUAAAAGCUGCUUCAAUUACAUAAUAAAAUCUGAUUUGUCAUUUCAACUGACGUUUACAUUACUUGGAAGAUUAAUUUGUCUUUACCUCUAAUUAUUUUAGCAAAACAGUGUUUAUUCUUUGUCUAAUUUCUGUUUAGUAAAAACUAUCAGUGUCAUACAUGAGCUUAUUUUUUCCUCUUUCGGUCUACAGACGCUACAAACCUAAAUGUGUGUUUCUCAAUUAACUAACUGAACAUUAAUGAUGUUUACAUUCUGAAUGUCUUUAAUUAUCUGUAGUUAUAUUUCACACCAUAUCUGAUUUGCGUUAUUGCAGCUAACAAUACCAUGAAUGUUUUUUUAACAGUUUAUUAUGUUUGUUUAACGCAGCCUAACGUUUCAUUAUCUUACUUUAUAAAAUUUAUUGUUGCAUUUUUGUACUUAACAUGAGUUCUUUAGUCCACUUUGUAGAUUAUAUGGGUUUCACAGUGGUGAUCCUUACUAUGGUCUGAGCAUUAGUUUCUUUUGUCAUAAUAAAAAGUUGUAUUCACUGA